ACAAAUCAAUGUUUGUAUUCCAAAAUCCAAGCUUUUAGCUUUACAAAAAAUUUAAUUAUAAGGCUUGUAAAUAUGAAGAAAGUGGUAAUUUAAACAGAAGCAAUCUCACUGUGUGAUUCUAACAAUAAAAUACGUAUCAAACUAUCAGAAAACUUGUUUGAAAACAUAACCUCAAAAUGUCGGAUGAUGAUGAUGUGAUUGUUAUUAAAAAGCCAAAAACAGUGCACUAUGGAUCACUGGAGGAGCAAGAAAAAGCGCGGCUGGCUGCUCUGGCAGCCGCUGCUAAGGAAGGCUUCGAAGAUGACGAUGGAAAAGAAAUGGGAGACAUACAGAUAUCCAAUGAAUACAUGGAACUCGACGAAGAAAUGUCGAGGGACAAAAAAGCUCUCCUUGAAGAGUUUGAGAGGAGACGGAAAGCUAGGCAACUGAACGUUUCUACUGAUGAUGAUGAGGUGCGUAGAAGUUUACGACAGCUCGGCGAGCCGGUGUGCCUGUUCGGAGAAGGGCCGGCCGAGAGGAGGGUGCGACUGCGAGAUCUGCUCAGUUACCUAGGCGAAGACGCGAUAAAUAAGAAGCUAGAAGAAGAAGAGGCUCGCAUAGAGAGGGACAGAGGCAGAGAGGGAACAUGGUACCACGAGGGGCCGCCGGAGUUGAGGGAAGCGAGGCUCUGGAUAGCUAGAUACUCGCUGCCGAGGGCUAAGCGGAGGUUAAUGCAAGCCCGCGAAGAGUUACAACUGGCGGGUAGUAUAAGAGCGGCUGCGAAACAAGAGUCGCAGAGGAAAGCGUCGGCCAUGUCUAUUUAUUGCAGUCAGAUUGGUGACACUCGUCCCAUAAGUUUCUGCCGCUUCAGCAGUGACAGCCAAAUGUUGAUAACUUCAAGUUGGUCAGGUCUGGUAAAGGUCUGGUCGGUGCCAGACUGUAUCCCUUUACAUACGUUAAAAGGUCACAAGUGUAACGUCAGCUCAGCGACCUUCCACCCGCAGGCCACGGUUCCACACCAUUUUUUGGAUAUGAUAGAAAAAAACAAAAACAAAGAUGGCGCCGCGAAACUAGAACAAAAUAUGGACGCAAUCGAAGACGCGUCGGAGUCCGUCAAGAUGGCGUCGUGUUCGUAUGACGGUAACGUGCAUCUGUGGAAUUUUAUUAGCGACAAACCGCUAGCCUCGCUAGAAGGCCACUCGCCGUCCCGCGUGUCCCGGGUUCAAUUCCAUCCGUCGGGCAGAUUUUUGGCAGCAAGCGUUUUUGAUAACUCGUGGAGGCUGUGGGAUUUGGAGACUGCCACAGAAGUUUUGCAUCAAGAGGGUCACGCGAAACCCGUAUACAGCGUGUCCUUCCAGUGCGAUGGAUCGCUUGCGGCUACAGGCGGCAUGGACGCGUUCGGUCGUGUAUGGGACCUGCGGACCGGUCGUUGUGUGAUGUUCCUCGAGGGCCACUUGGGGGCCGUGCUGGGGGUCGACUGGUCCCCCGUGGGCCACCACUUGGCCACCGCAGCUGCUGACCAUCAGACAAAAAUCUGGGAUCUAAGGCGACGCGCCUGCCUCUACACAAUACCUGCGCACACGCAUUUGUUAAGUGACGUCAGAUACCAAAAGAGCCACGGUCACUUUCUGUUGACGUCAUCGUACGACAAAACCGCCAAAUUGUGGUCGAACCCCGCCUGGCAUCCACUGAGGACAUUAUCUGGACAUGAUAAUAAGGUGAUGAGUGCAGAUAUUUCAAUGGAUAAUAAGUACAUAGCAACAUGUUCUUACGACAGAACAUUUAAAUUAUGGGCUCCAGAUUUAGUAUAGUUUUGUGAAUAAAUUUUGAAAUUAA